AUGGACUACGCAACAGCAUUAUUUUACCUCCGUAAGUUCCUGGGCUGUCCGUGGCGACAGAGGUCCGAUCCAUUGCAGGACUUGAAGUUGAACUUCACACUGCAUUCACUCAAAGCCACCUUAUUGUCAUGGGGUCCACAACUGCAUGAGAAAGUUACACCGGAGCAACGGCUAUCACAAGGCCACCAUUCAGAUCCAAACAGCAGUUUGGACACAUACUCUCGUGAUGUGGUAUGGACUUCUCUGACCUACCAGCGUAAGAUGAUCCAUGAGGUACAGAACGGAUGGCGACCAGCCAUUGCUCAGCAUAGGGGCAGCCAAGCUCCUAUGGUGGAACCUCUUGUGGUACUGGAGAAGUUUGUGAAGCCCCUCCAACCGUUUGAUUUUCAAUGGUUCAAUUUCAAUGCAGCAGCGGAGACUAUCUCUCCAGAAAAAUUCGAAUCCUCCGACGACAGCUCGGACAGUUCUUCCGAUUCCUCUUCCGAAGAAGAGGUGGUGGAACCACAACCCAAGACCUCCAAAGUUGAUCUUGGGCCCAUGGAGAUGGAUGAGGUCCUGGUGGGACGAUACCGUUCAGUGGUUCAUGCACUGGUCAAGGCUGGCGAUGAUGAAGACUGGCGUCCUCGUUGGCAGGGACAGCCACUCAAACCGGCAUGUGGACGCCAAGUGCGUGGAGUGGAGACCUUGGAGGAUAUCCUGACCAAGAGUGGGGUCGACUCCAACCUCACGAAUGCCUUAAUGAUGGAAGGUUGGACGUGCCAAACGUUUCGCAUGGCUGCAGCAGAUUCCCAAGGUUUUGAAGAUGUCCUUCACGAGUGGUCAUCCUUCACAUACUUUGUCAACAUUUCAGAAGGCCUGUCUACGUACAGCUUUUCAAUCUCUACAGCCUUUCCAGGGACCCACUUCCUCCACUCCUACGCCAGCGGUGACCACCAAUCCAGCAGCAGGAUCUUGGGUGGAGUCAUUCCCCCCAAGUUGGAAAGUGGAGUCCUCUUGGCCAUGAAGCAGAAGUUCAUCUCCAACUAUCCGUCCGAACUUAUUCAUGCAGAUGUUUUUCCAUCCACUCGCCUUGUGAGCUUGGUGCAUGAUCAGCUCACCAAGAAAACAUGGAAAUGGAUCCCAUGGAAGUAUCGCAUCUCCCUGACUAAGUCGGAAGAGAUCUCCGGCAAUCGAGCUCAGAAGAUGCCUCGGUUGGAUACUCUUGGCCUACACGCCCUAUUACUCGAUGAUCCUCCUUCUUUGGACAUCUCCAACAACUCCAUGGGAGUCAAUUCCAUCCGCAACAUGCUCGAAGUUCACGAUCGAGCUAUUGCCUUGUGCCAAGGCGCGCACCUGGCCAAUCUCAAGGCUUAUACCCACAAGUUCUUGGGCUUCUUGACAGCCAAAUAUGAGGGUGACCUCAGGAACCCUAGUAUCUUAGAAGCUCAGUCUGCGGACCAGAAGGUUUGGACCGUAAUUGCAGAACUUAUGGAGAAGGGUUGGGCCAUGGAUGAUUGCUUGCACGAGAUGACCAAUCUCCGUCACGACCUACCCAGUUUGCUACAACCACGUCCUCGAGCACUUCGCCUUCCGACGGCUCCUUCACCACAAGCAUCCUCUCCGAGAUCGGAGGGACCGAAAGGCAAAGGUCAGGGCAAGUCUAAGGGCAAACACAAUGCGGGCAAAUCCAAAGGCCGAACCCAAUGGAUCACCGAAAUUCAAAAGGAUGGGAACUUCAAGCAACUCUGCAUGCGAUUUCAGAUGGGCCGCUGCCAGAAUCCUACUUGUGGCUUCCAACAUGUGUGUGCUUAUCCUGUGGAGGGGAAAGCCUGUGGCAAGAAUCAUGGGGCGAUGUCGCACUUUGCGACGCCUCACUGA